AUGGGGAGUACUUCAGGGUUGUGCAAUGCCAUCUCUCCCCUCAGCAAUGUGCUCCCAGCCUCUCAGAAUGAAAGCCUAUCUCUGAGCACCUUCCCUUGGGACCCGGACUCUGAGCCGACCCAUGGCUGUGAGGGACUGGUCUUCACUGGCCCUCUCUCUCCUGCAGAUAUCGCUGUUCUGAGGCAGCAGGUGAAGGCCUUGGAGGGAGCCUUCCUUCAGUAUAAGAAAGUGGAGCUCUUCCCGCAUGGCCGAGAUGUUGGCCAGAAGGUCUUCAAGUCAGCAGGCUUUCAGAAACCUUUCCAGGAGGCACAGCAAGUGUGCGCACAGGCCGGGGGGCAGCUGCCCUCCCCACGCUCUGAAGCUGAGAACCACGCCUUGCAACAGCUGGUCGACAUUGAGAACAAAGGUGCUGCGUUCCUGAGCAUGACUUUGUCCAAGGUGGAGGGCAAGUUCACGUACCCAGGAGGGGCGCCCCUGGUCUAUACCAACUGGUCCCCCGGGGAGCCCAACAACUACGGAGGCAAUCAGUACUGUGUGGAGAUGUACACCACCGGCAAGUGGAACGACGUACCCUGUGAAGUGACACGCCUUGUGAUCUGCGAGUUCUGAGCCCUUGGGGUGGGUAGGGCAGCUGUGGUCCAGGAUUCUGGCCCAGACCCGUGUGCUGCCCACAUGACAAGGAAGAGCUGAGGGCUCUAUGGCCGGGCUUCUGCACAGAGCUGUGGGAUGUG